AUGCCUUCCGACCAGCUUCAAUUUAUCAACACAAAUUCUGGCAUAUUGGGUGCAACAAACAACGCUCUUGCUAUGCCACACAUUUCUGGGAUGCAAGCACCACUGCAAGAACUUCGGGCACUGGAUUCUUACAUUGAUGUUGAUUUUGCUCAGCUUUUCGGUUCUUCUGUGUCUAUCUCUGAUGACAAAUCUGAAAUUAAAUGGCCAAUUGAUAAGCCUAGGUCGCCUUUUGGUGACGGACAUGAGAUUAAUUCUGAUACAUUCGUGGAGAAUGAAGUUAUUAUUGAUGAUGAGGAAGAGAUUGAUCCUCUUACCAUUAUCAGAAAACCAUAUGUGCUGACACCAGAAUCAUCACUUUCCGGUUCCAGUUCUAGAUCUAGCUCUACGUCUGCCAGUACGACUCCAAGUCUGAAUAUGGAUAACGCAGCCCAAACUGUAGUCAUCUCUAGCAGUGGACAUAAAAAAGUCACAUCUGACAGUACAAUAGUUCCAGAUAUCGACGAUCUUCAGCACCUACGGAAAAGAGAUACCUGCAACCAGAGUGACAAAACUACCAGACCCAGCACCCCUCUCGCAAAUCCAAUAAUCCACAUUCCCACAACCCGCAUUGAACUUCGAGCACUCUACGAAAAGUUCCCCGAUAUCUGUCCUAGCAUUCCCGCUCCCCCACCCGCUUUCUUCAACAGAGUAUUCAACCAGAAAACUUAUCUCGAAAGCGUACGAUCACCACCAACCUCACCGCGUAAAUACGGCCAACCAGAUUCCCAUCGUCUCGCCGAAUCUUUUGCUUCCAGAACACCUCUUCCCAUAAAAGUAAACAUGCAUCCCAGAGUCAUAAAAGAGAAUCUGCGAGAAUGGUACCAAAUGGAAGGAUUCAUGGCCAAAUGUCGACGCGACGAGGAACUAAACCCGUAUCCACAUUUAAAUCUGAAUUCGGGAUGGAAUCGCGCACGAGUACAGGGAGAACAAUGGCAUGAUAAUUUUAAUCCGUGGCAGAAACCUAAUAAGAAGAUUCUGGACGUGGUACAGCUGCAGGAGCAAUUUGCGAGGUUUUCGUGGAGCGCGCAGGUCGAUGCGAUUGUAGUUGAUGGUUGGGUAUUGAAUGGAGUUUUUGGGAGGAUUUUUGAGGGUGUGGAUUCGGAGAGGGAGAGAAUGGAGGGAUGUGGUUUGAAGAGGGUCCCUGGGGCUUGGUGGGGGAGAAAGAAGAGGAUUUUUUAUGAUAUGAUGGGGAGGGGGUUUAGGGAGGAGCUUUUCAUUAGGAAUUGUUUGAUUUGGGAUCGGGUGAAGGUUUGGGCUUCGGAGGGUAUUGGUGGGGAAUAUGGGAAAUUGAAGCGGAAAAUUGAUGUAGUAGAGGAAAUGGCUAUCGAAGCAAAUGAUGUGAAAGAGACGCAGAUUCAGGAACCUCGCGCAAAGAAGCUCAAAAAACAUCGACGAAUCGCACAAGUAAUGAGCGCAGCAUGGCGCUCCAGGAGGCGAGAUCAGGAAAAGAAAGCAGGGCGAUGGACUGAUGGGACUCCGUUGCAAAAUCGCAUGUGGUUGGAAUUUCACUGGGUGUUGGAUGCGCCGGAUUAUCAUGAUCGACGGUUUUUCGAUACGAGAGAUUGGCCCCGCGUUUUUGCCGAAAGGGGUUGGUCUGGUGUUACGAAGUAUCGCGUUUGGACGGAGUUUUAUCAUGGUUGGGGUCCGUUGCAGAGUUGGUUGUUUAGGUAUACGCUUGCGGUGCAGAGACAGUAUAGGGUUUUUAGGGAGGGGCAGAUACAGAUACAGAGGGAGAGGGAGGGGGAGGGGAAGGGGAAGGGGCAGCUGAGGAGGCAGUUGGAGUGGGUGGGUGGGAACGGGGAUGGGAAUAGGGAUGGGGUGGUGGAUUCGAGGUAUGGGUAUGUUGGGUACUAUGGAUGAAAUGACGGAUUUGUGGUGACUGGAUUGGGAUAUGAUAUUUUUGAGUUUAUGGAGGAUUUGAAAUCUCCUGGGUAAUUCGAUGAUUAGAUUAUGUCUGAUCAUUUGGGGCGUUGAAAUAUUAUGGGAUCUUCAAUGUGCGGGGCCAAUAUACAAACAAUCUUGAGUUUCUCAUGAAGUAGACAAUGGGGCGUUGGAAAUGCGGAGUAUUUUAUAGUUUGGAACAGUUGAGGAUUUGCGUGGUGUGAAAUUUCAGGAGGGCUAA